AUGGAGAUAAACUCUGGUAUUAAUCCCAACCUGGAGAUAAACUCUGGUAUCAAUCCCAACCUGGAGAUAAACUCUGGUAUUAAUCCCAACCUGGAGAUAAACUCUGGUAUUAAUCCCAACCUGGAGAUAAACUCUGGUAUUAAUCCCAACCUGGAGAUAAACUCUGGUAUUAAUCCCAACCUGGAGAUAAACUCUGGUAUUAAUCCCAACCUGGAGAUAAACUCUGGUAUCAAUCCCAACCUGGAGAUAAACUCUGGUAUCAAUCCCAACCUGGAGAUAAACUCUGGUAUCAAUCCCAACCUGGAGAUAAACUCUGGUAUUAAUCCCAACCUGGAGAUAAACUCUGGUAUUAAUCCCAACCUGGAGAUAAACUCUGGUAUCAAUCCCAAUCUGGAGAUAAACUCUGGUAUCAAUCCCAACCUGGAGAUAAACUCAGGUAUUAAUCCCAACCUGGAGAUAAACUCUGGUAUUAAUCCCAACCUGGAGAUAAACUCUGGUAUUAAUCCCAACCUGGAGAUAAACUCUGGUAUCAAUCCCAACCUGGAGAUAAACUCUGGUAUUAAUCCCAACCUGGAGAUAAACUCUGGUAUUAAUCCCAACCUGGAGAUAAACUCUGGUAUUAAUCCCAACCUGGAGAUAAACUCUGGUAUUAAUCCCAACCUGGAGAUAAACUCUGGCAUUAAUCCCAACCUGGAGAUAAACUCUGGCAUUAAUCCCAACCUGGAGAUAAACUCUGGUAUUAAUCCCAACCUGGAGAUAAACUCUGGUAUUAAUCCCAACCUGGAGAUGAACUCUGGUAUUAAUCCCAACCUGGAGAUAAACUCUGGUAUUAAUCCCAACCUGGAGAUGAGCUCUGGUAUUAAUCCCAACCUGGAGAUAAACUCUGGUAUUAAUCCCAACCUGGAGAUAAACUCUGGUAUUAAUCCCAACCUGGAGAUGAACUCUGGUAUUAAUCCCAACCUGGAGAUAAACUGGUAUCAAUCCCAACCUGGAGAUAAACUGAUAAACUCUGGUAUUAAUCCCAACCUGGAGAUAAACUCUGGUAUUAAUCCCAACCUGGAGAUAAACUCUGGUAUUCAUCCCAACCUGGAGUUUAACUCUGGUAUUCAUCCCAACCUGGAGAUAAUCUCUGGUAUUAAUCCCAACCUGGAGAUAAACUCUGGUAUUAAUCCCAACCUGGAGAUAAACUCUGGUAUUAAUCCCAACCUGGAGAUGAACUCUGGUAUUAAUCCCAACCUGGAGAUAAACUCUGGUAUUAAUCCCAACCUGGAGAUAAACUCUGGUAUUAAUCCCAACCUGGAGAUAAACUGCACAGAGCCACACGUUCUGUCCACUCUGGACUCUGUCUCGUUGAUGUACCCGUUCUUCUACCGACCCAUGUUUCAGGUCCUCGAGGAUGGAUGGAAGUCUUUCCUACCAGAGGAUGCUUUCAAAGACCUAGAGUCCAUG